AAAACUGACUUGACUGAACUCGAGUCUCGUAUAAGUCGCGCUUCCUCUCGCGAGAUUUUAAAUUCUCUCGUGUCUCAAAGAUGGCGGCUGCGAUGGAUGUCGACACCCCGAGCGGGUCAAACAGCGGCGCGAGUAAAAAGCGUUUUGAAGUGAAAAAGUGGAAUGCAGUGGCUCUGUGGGCGUGGGACAUCGUGGUGGAUAACUGUGCCAUCUGCAGAAACCACAUCAUGGAUCUGUGUAUAGAGUGUCAGGCCAAUCAGGCUUCUGCCACAUCAGAGGAGUGCACAGUGGCCUGGGGAGUGUGUAACCAUGCGUUUCAUUUCCACUGCAUCUCCCGCUGGCUGAAGACGAGGCAGGUGUGUCCUCUGGACAACAGGGAGUGGGAGUUCCAGAAGUACGGACACUGAACUCCGCAUGCAGCUUCAACUUUUCUUUAAACUAUAUAGUUAACUUUACAAACUGUAUAAUAAAUCCUGUGUGUGUGUGUGUGUGUGUGUUGCUGUGAUAGUAAAAUACUGAGUAACGGUGUUUAUAAGCAGUCACUGUUCUCAAUGUGAAGCUGAUUUUCCUAUAAGAGCGUGAGUCCCUGAGUGUUUUAUUCCUCUUAUACCACAGCGAUUUACCAACAGUUACCAUUAAAGAGUGUCACGUCGUCCAUUUUCUUUUUUUUUAUCUGUUAAUAGUACAUGGAAUGAUGUGGAAUCUCCAUGAAACAAGUUAGUUCUUAUAUACAGUUGUCCCUCUCCAGUCUCUGUCUCUCUUUCGAAAUGAAUAAGUCUGUAACACAUAAACUCCAAGUUAUCGUUUCUAUAGUAACAGCUCAUUGCGUGGGACAGACUUUUACUAAUGAUCUAACUAAUUUCCUGGACCUUCUACAACACUUAGUAACUACUGAACUGAUAAAAAGAAUCUUGUGUCUUUCUUUAAUAAAUAACGUUUGUAAUCAUCAGUGUAUUAAGAAGAAUAAAACACCUUGGUACAUGCUGUUAUAGGAAAAUAAUCAACUUCAGAGUGGUAACAGUAACUCAGCCUUUUAUAAUAACAGCAACACACAUUACUGUUAUUUGUUAAUGAGGAAUAAAUAAAACCAGUUACAUCACA